AUAAAUAAACAAAGGAAGAUAAGGGCCAAAAAUCUGAUGAACAAUUUGAAUCAAAAGUUUUCAUCAUACAUAACAGAGAAUAUGAUAUUUUGGAUGCUAAAGCAGGAACCGGAAAAGAGAUCAGCUGAAGAAAUCCCAAAAAUAUUUUGGUUCAUACUAUUGCUUUCUCUGUGUUAAAACUUUCGAGUAUAAAGCUGACUUUAUAAGACAUCGGAGGGAAGGUCACAAUCCACUACCCACAAGUGAUCAAAUGGGAGCUGAAAGAAAUUUUUAUGAUAAUAAUUUGACUUCCAUGAUUGAAUACGAUGAGGACCAGUCUUUGGAAAUUAAAGAAGAAAUCAUACAAGUUGCAGGGAGCUCAUCGAAAAAAGACGUAGUACCAACAAAUAAUCAAAAAUACCAGUUAAAAGAAUGCAACGUUAAUAUGAGCAUGAACAAACAGCUGCAUGUUUACAAUUUCGGUCAGAUUCCAAAUCAGGUGAUAAUUCAAGAACCAAAAAAUCAAUCUGCAAAAAAAUACAAAUGCGAUAAAUGUGUCCGAAGCUAUACCUACCAAAGAAAUUUGUAUCGUCAUAAAAAAUAUGAAUGCAACGUCAGGCCACAAUUCAGAUGUAAUUUUUGCGACAAAAAAAGUAGACAUAAGCGUGAUUUACGUCGUCACAUAAAUCAGGUACAUCUUGCUCGGAAAAAAACCAUAAAUACUUGGAAAACGUUCAAUUUUGGAGCAGUGAGUGAACAAUUUGUUCCUGUUGAUUCCAAUUACAUACAUACCGACUAGAAAAUAAACCUCGCUUAAUCACAUCCGUUGUCUUAAUGUCUAGUAUCUAGUUAUGUCACUCGAAUGUAAACUUUUAAUUAAAUUUGUUUUAACAUCACGUUUCUGUUUAGGAAAUUAAGUUUAUAUGGCCGAUACUUUUAAAUCAGCAAAACACUGAUUUUGAUUUAUUUUUCAUGUAAGCGUUA